CCGCAAGAAGUUACUCUCCAGACGACGAAAACCGAACAAUCGGAGCUGACCGGAGCAACGGCGGUGACUAGUGAGACUGUAAAAGAAGUCCGACCGCCAUAUAAAAGGACAGUGUUCUUUACGCGUGAGAGUUGUCUGCAUCGACGAAAAUGGAGAUCGAAAUACUGUCGACGAAAUCAUCGAAGGUGAUAGCUAACGUGAAUGUAAAUGCGAACACUACGAUAGGCGAAGUGAAACAGGAGUUAUAUAAAUUAAAAAAGGCAGCAAACGUCAAUAGACAGAGUCUGAGAUUGGAUGCUAAGGGAAAAUCAUUGUCAGACUCAGAGACAAUUAAAUCCUUGUCGCUGAAAACGGGUGGAAAGUUAUAUUAUAAGGAUCUCGGUCCUCAGAUCGGUUGGAAGACUGUAUUCCUGUUGGAGUAUGCAGGGCCUCUGGUGGUGUAUCUUUGGUUGUAUCAACGUCCCUGGCUGUUUUAUGGAAACGUGAAUACCAGUAAUUUUCACUAUAUAGCUAAGUGUGCAGCAGGUGCCUGGUCGAUACAUUACGUUAAGCGUCUCUUAGAGACUAUAUUUGUUCACCGUUUUAGUCAUGCAACAAUGCCGUUGCAUAACCUAUUCAAAAAUUGCUCUUACUAUUGGCUUUUUGCUAUGUAUGUAGCGUAUCAUACAAACCAUCCAUUAUAUACAGCUCCUUCCAAAUUCCAAUUCCACAUUGGUUCGAUAAUAUUUGUGCUGUGCGAGUUGGGCAAUCUCAGUAUCCACUUAGCUCUGAGGAAUUUGAGACCACCAGGCACUACGGUCAGGAAAGUCCCAAUGCCGACUAAGAAUCCUUUUACCGCACUCUUCUUACUUGUCUCCUGUCCUAAUUAUACGUAUGAGAUAGGCAGUUGGAUCGGUUUUACUGUAAUGACGUCAUGUCUUCCAGCUGGUCUGUUCACGCUUGCCGGUGCAUAUCAAAUGACCGUGUGGGCACUGGGCAAGCACAAGGCGUACAAGAAAGAAUUCUCGCAUUAUCCGAAAAACCGCAAAGCCAUCAUUCCGUUCAUUCUUUAAAUCAAGGCAUUUAUUUACAAAAUAUCGGUAUUCAUGAUACAAUGUUGAUUUUACUUUGUUACUUUUUUUGUUUUUUUGUUUUUAAGGAAUAUUAAGCUUAGUAAUUAUGACGAACAUGUAAUCAAUAAUAGUGUCACUUUCUAGUAAAAAGUGAAGUCUGUAAAAAACAACAAAAGAUAUAUAAGCAUUUUAAUUCCAA